CUUGCUUUCGUCGUCUUCCCCGUCAACUCCCGCGCACACAAUCACCGAAUCAGAACGGCGUUUAGUUAACCACCACCGCGGAACAACCAACGACGAAAAGCAUCUCUCAACCUCGUCAACGAGCGAGUAAACGCAGGUCUCCAAUAUACAAUUCCUUAAACCCCUCUUCACUCCUCCUUUUCCCGUUCGUUCAUCUAAGUCUUCCUUUGUCUUUCCCGUGUGAUCAAUUUCCUCCAUGCUUCCUCCAAUCUCACACCCUAAACAAGCCGAAAUUCAGCUCCCACCUCUCAAGUUCCAAUCUUUACUUCAAAUGGAUGAAAUCGUAGUCAAAAUCCCUCGUUUCGGCCACAACCCAGUUGCCGGCUAGCCUCGAUUUGCUCUCAUUCUUCUUUUACCCCUUUUCUUUCCUUUCCCGCUCGAGACGAAAUCAUGUCUUCUUCCUUCAUUCAAUCGACCGGCUCGGCGUCCGCCGGAGCCGGGUUCAACAUUCUCUUCGAGCACAUCCUGAAUGCAAUUCUAAACGUGUCGAGGAAAAACACCACCUUCAAUUCGACUUUCCAGCGGCUGGAGCAGACCUUGCGGUCCAUGGCUCCAGCAAUCAAGACGAUCGAUUCGUACAACAGGGAUUUCGACCGUCCCGAAGAGAUAGAUGGGCUGAAGGCGAUUCUGCAAAAGGGUGCAGAGCUGGUGGAGAAGGCUGCAAAGAUCAAGCGGUAUGACGUGAUGAGGAAGCCCGUGUAUUCGAGGAAGCUUCUCAAGCUGGAGGACAAGCUCAAGAGGUACAACACCACUGUGCUGCAGCUUCAUCAGGUGGCGGACGGGAAGGAGAUUCUGUUCGAGGUGAAGCAGCUGAGCAACCAAGUGCGGCAGAUGAGCAUGGGGGCGGCUGCAGCUGGUUAUGGUUACUCGGGGGGAAGUUUUGGGGCGGUUGGAGGUGGGUUCUCAUCGGCGCCUAUGCUGAAAGUGGUUCCCGUUGGAUUGGAGAUUCCAUUGAGGGAGUUGAAGAAGAAGAUGGUGAAUGAUGAGGUUCCAUUUCUGGUGCUUUCUGCUCCUGGGGGAUGUGGGAAGACCACUUUGGCCACUGCGUUUUGCCAUGAUCAAGAAGUGAAAGUUAGGUAUGAGGACAACAUCAUCUAUAUAACCGUCUCGAAAGCAGCCAACCUACUGACGAUUGCGCAGAAUAUUUUUCAGCGUUUGGGUUGUCGGGUGCCUGGGUUUCAAAGUGAUGAAGAUGCAGUCAACAAACUUGAAUGCUUGAUCAAGGAUAUGGAUGGAAAGCCUACACUUUUGGUUCUUGAUGAUGUCUGGUCAGGAUCAGAGUCUAUUCUCGAGAAGCUCUACUUUAAGAUGACCAAUUACCAAGUUUUGGUCACCUCUAGAGAUGAGUUCAAAUCAUUCGGCUCUACGUACAAAUUACAGACGUUGAGUGAUACGGAUGCCAUGGACCUCUUUCGUCAGUCAGCUUUCCCUCAAGAGGGGAACUCGUACGAGCCAGAUCAAGAAGUUCUGGAGAAGAUAGUGAAAAGCUGCAAGGGAUUUCCACUACUGAUUUCUGUGGUGGGGAAAUCCUUACUCAGGAAACCUGCAGUGGAGUGGCGCAAAAGAGCCAAGGAAUGCUCAAAGACUGCUUCCUUCCUUGAAAACUCAGAGGUACUUGACUGUCUCCAGAAGAGUGUAGAUGCCUUGGAUAAUAAACAAUCAAUCAAGGAGUGCUACAUGGAUCUAGGGUUGUUCCCUGAGGACAGAAGAAUUCCUGCCACGGCCCUCAUUGAAAUGUGGAUAGAAUUACAUGGUCUGGAUGAAGAUAAUGCUAGCUAUAACCUCUAUGAACUCUCUUUCCGGAAUCUAGUUGACCUUGUAGUCAUCAGGAAAGAUGGAAGUGAAGAUGAUGGCUUCCACAAUGAGGAUUUCGUGACUCAGCAUGAUCUGCUGAGAGAUUUAGCAAUCCGUCAAAGCAACUCUGCUAGCUUUCAGAUCGCAGGAAGACUUUUUGUGGAAAUAACAGGCAACAUUUUCCCUAAGUGGUGGACAGAAAGCACAGAGAAAGUCUUCAAGGCCAAACUCUUAGCCAUUACCACAGACGAGAACUUCUCAUCGAGUUGGCCUGACAUACAUGCUCCUGAGGUAGAGGUAUUAGUUCUGAACUUCAAGGCCCAGGCCUAUGCCUUACCUAAGUUCAUUGAAAGAAUGCAGAAACUGAAGGUUCUAAUAGUUACGAAUCACGGGUUGUGUCCUGCUGACGUGAGUGAUAUCCACCAUGUUGCUUCUCUACCCAAUCUAAAAAGAAUUCGGCUCGAAAACACUCUGAUUCCACCAAAUUUCCUGCCAAGCAUUGCAUCAGGGACAAUACAGAAGUUAUCUUUGUUCAUGUGUAGUGUUGGUCAGGCCUUUAGCAAUGUAAUCCUUCAGCCAAAUUCUUUCCCGGACUUGGAAGGGAUUGACAUAGACUACUGCAGUGAUUUGAUGGAACUACCAGUUUGGUUCUUCAAUCUAGCCCAACUGAAGAAUCUUAGCAUCACCAACUGUCAAAGCCUGUCUGUAUUGCCAGAAGAGCUCGGGAACUUGGUGACUUUGGAAGUGUUGAGGCUUGGUUCAUGUAUCGAGUUGUCAGAGUUGCCAGAGUCGAUUGGGAACCUUGUAGGGUUGAAAAUUCUGGACAUAUCAUACUGUGCAAGCAUAAAGAAGUUGCCUGAACAAGUUGGUGAGCUCUGCAACCUAAGGAAGCUCUACAUGAUAGAAUGUGAUCGGUGUGAAAUACCGAUAUCAGUUGCUCAACUAGGCAAUCUGGAGAAAGUAGUAGGGGAUGAAGAAACAGCAAACUCAUGGGAAAUCUAUAAGACUGACAUUCCUGGUUUGAAGAUCACCAAGCAUAAACAAGUCAGCUUAGACUGGCUUCAGCUUCACUAGUUCCCCAAUUGUCAGUGGACUGAUGUCAUGUAUCUGUAUUUAAGUUUUUUCUUAGACUCUAAACAUUAAUUUUCUUGACUGGAUGGAGGAUAAGUUUUGUUACAGAAGUAGAAAAUGCAUGCGAUUUUGAGAAUCAGGCACCAAGCCUACUAAACUAUUAGACAGUAGCAGCACAAACUUGUCUAUUUGGGAAAUUUUAGUGUAAGAUAUAUAUUGUGCGAAUUUUUUAGCAAGUUUGAUAUUUUGGGGAAAAUUUUCAUUUUAGGAGAAGUUGUGUUUGAGUUCGCGUGAAUAAAGUAUGGUCACUCCU